AUGCCAUUGACAAGUUUUACGAUUGGUGGCUUUACGCAACCUUCCACGGCAGAAGGCAUUCUUUGCCAGAGUGGUAGCGCGGAAAAGGGAUUUUCUACAAGAUUUCUAUGGGUCUCACCAGAACCAGUGUUCAACAAGCUGAAUGAACUGGCAACCAUUGAUGAGAUUUUUCUUGGAGAUUYGGUUUCGCUCCURGUAAAUUUAGUCAACAAUGGAAAAAACUACCCUGAUUCAAGGAAGGUCUUUGAAUUAAAGAAGAGCGAGUGCCCAUCCUUUCAAAAGAAAUUUGAUGAAAUCCAAGACAAUCUAAAGAGUGUGGCYGGAUACGAUGACAUGAUAACGGGGAUGAUUAGCAAAUCGAAAGGACAGAUACUGYGAGUCGCAGGCAUUUUCACAGUUCUUUYUAAUAUUACAGAAGAAGAYACAAUCCCAAAUGAAAUAAAUGAUGUUGCUUUGACAGCAGCUAUUGAGUUUGUGUCUUUGUGCUGUGAUCAUGCCUUUUUCAUAGCUUCUCGCUUGUCUUUAAAAGACGAGAUAAAAAGCGUUCUAGAGGAAGGGAGACGUGAUGACUCAACAGAGCAGGAACAACCAAAGCAAAAAAACCUGAGGGCGCAUACUUUGCUUUUGCCUGGAAAGAAAUUGCAUGUGACGCCAUUAUUAAAGAAAAAGAAGUGGAGAGGAUUGGCCGACAGAGAUACCGUUAUCAAAACUCUCGAGGAUCUUGAAGAGCAUGGCAUGGGUUCACUACAGUGUGAUAAAGGAACAGGGACGCACAAGAAAUACACAUUCAUAAAGACUGCAAUACCCCUCGAUGAAGAAGAAAAGUGCGCUUUCACCAUGAAGCUUACAGAAAUUGGAGUUUCUUUGAGGCAAUACAGUGAAUCACUUAUGGCUCCAGAUAUCACAGAUGAUUCAAGUGGAAAGAGGCCUAUCAGUGAGCCAACAAGAUCAAGCCCAAGGAAGUCACCAAGGAAAAAUCAAUAGACCAUAUGAAAAAGAGCUUGGCUAACAAAUCGCCAUAGUUUAUAAGUGUUUUUUGUACAUUUAAAAUUAUCGAAACUCUGUUGAUAUUCAACAUUUGAAACUAAGAGUCUGCCAAUUUAUUUGUUUAGAUAUUCAGUCUAGUCCAUCUUACUGUGAAAACAGACUUUUUAAAAACAUGGAAAGUUUAUUAGCAGUCUUCUGCUCGUUUUUCAUAUGGUCAAUAAUUCUGCGURCUAGCAGCCAGUUUAACUGAUACCAUUKUAGGUAGCCAACUUGAGAAAUCGCUGUUCGUGAUUAGAGUCAUUUUCAUCCGUCUGUGAAACAUUUAMUACUAGUCAGUGUUUAAUAAUACCUAGUAGGCUACCAAAAGGCAAAAUCAAAACGGUGUGACUAUUGUUGUGGCAUGUCAUAAGUUAAAGUAUUGGGA